AUGGGCAUCCCUCACUUUCUCCUCAUUCCAUAUCCAACUGUAGGACAUGUGAAUCCCCUUAUGCAGUUGUCUCAGGUUCUUGCCAUGCAUGGCUGCAAGAUCACUUUUCUGAAUACAGAGUUCAACCACAAACGAGCGAAUGUAGCAGGUGCUGGGCUAGACAACCCCAAGGGAACCCAGAUAAGGUUUGUGACACUCCCAGAUGGUUUGGGUCCUGAAGAUGACAGAAAGGACCACAAGAAAGUUAUUUUCUCAAUCGAAAGGCACAUGCAUGCUAUGCUUCCCAAACUCAUACAAGAUAUCAAUGCAUUGCAUGUUAACAAUAAGAUCACAUGCAUCGUUGUCACAGUGAAUAUGGGUUGGGCCCUGGAAGUUGGUCACAAAUUGGGAAUCAAAGGAGCUCUUUUGUGGCCUGCAUCUGCCACUUCGCUGGCCACAUGCGAUUGCAUCCCAAAGUUGAUUGAUGAUGGAAUCAUAGAUUCAGAUGGAAACCCCAUCAAAAGGCAAGAAAUUCAACUCUACCCAAAUAUGCCAAUGAUGGACCCAGAAAACUUUCCAUGGUGUGGCCUAGAUAAGAUCGUCAUUCAUCAUAUUGCACAAGAGAUGCAGACUCUUAAGUUAGGAGACUGGUGGCUUUGCAACACAGCAUAUGAUCUUGAGCCUGCUGCAUUUUCCAUAUCACCACGGUUCCUACCUAUUGGUCCCUUGAUGGCAACUAACAGCAACAAAAGUUCACUCUGGCAAGAAGACAUAACUUGCUUAGACUGGUUAGAUCAUCAGCCACCUCAAUCUGUUAUAUAUGUUGCCUUUGGUAGUUCGGGAGUAAUUGAUCACAACCAAUUUAAAGAAUUGGCUCUUGGACUUGAUUUCCUUAACAAACCGUUUCUUUGGGUUGUGAAUCCUUCUAGCGGUAACAAGGUAAACAGUGCAUACUCUGAUGAAUUCCAUGGAAGUAAAGGCAGAAUUGUGAAGUGGGCGCCACAGAAGGAGAUAUUGAAUCACCCUUCCAUAGCUUGCUUCAUUAGUCACUGUGGUUGGAAUUCUAGCAUAGAAGGUGUUGGAUUGAGAUUAGACAAGGAUGAGAAUGGAUUAGUAUCAAAAGAAGAGAUAAGGAAGAAGGUGGAGCAACUGUUUGGCGAUGAAGGCAUAAAAGCUAGGUCGUUGAAACUGAAGGAAUUGACCCUGAAGAGCAUAGAAGAAGGUGGUCACUCUUCAAAGAAUCUGAAAAGCUUUAUCAGCUGGGCUGAGUAA